AUGUCUACAAUGACUCCAGAGAUUCAGACGUUAAUGAAUCCAGUAGUUGCCACGCUCAAACGACAUCAAAUCAACGAUGACAAGGAAAUGGCCUUAGUCAUUGCUCAUUUAUUGAUGAAAGUCAUAUCGGCAGCAAGAUGGACCAAUACGUACGACUUGAUAAAUUUGAUUAGAAAAGUCGGGACUGUCUUACACUCAGCAAACCCUUGCCAGGUUAUCCCAGGAAACAUUGUAAGACGUGUUCUUGCAAUCAUUCGAGAAGAAAUUGAAACAGGGUUGGAAACAAAUGCCACAACUGAACCCACUACCAUCAAUUCCAAUGUCCCUAUGAUGAGCUCAAUGUUUAGCUUGCUCACAACAACUAAUAAACAAGAAGGUAGAAAAGAACAAGGGGCUCCUCAAACAAAAAAACAAACAAGUGACAUGAGAAGUAUUAUAAUCCAAGGUAUAAGAGAUUUGGUUGAUGAAAUAUCCAACUUCAAUGACGAUUUGAACAAUAUGGCAAUUGACUUGAUUCACGAUAAUGAAGUAUUGCUAACACCUACUCCUACGUCAGACACUAUCCUACACUUUUUAAUCAAGGCCCGCUUAAAGAGAAAAUUUACCGUUCUAGUUACGGAAAACUUCCCCAAUGAUCUACAAAAGGCUCAACUUUUUGCUAAAAAGUUGGCUGAGAAUAACAUAGAGACAGUGAUAAUACCUGAUACUACAGUUUAUGCUGUGAUGUCUCGCGUAGGUAAGGUCAUUAUUGGUACCAACGCCGUAUUUGCAAAUGGUGGAUGUUUAUCACUGAGUGGUGUUGCCAGUGUUGUUGAGUGUGCCAAAGAACACAGAACUCCAGUAUUUGCUGUCUCUGGUUUAUACAAAUUAUCGCCGUUGUAUCCAUUUACUAGAAAUGAUUUAAUUGAAGUGGGCAAUUCCGGCAAGGUGCUCAGUUAUGAAGAUUUUGAAUUGGUUGAUAAUGUUGAAGUGGUCGUUAAUCCGUUAGAAGACUAUGUCCGUCCCGAGCACAUUGACAUUUUCAUUACCAACGUGGGUGGGUUUGCACCUUCAUUUAUAUACAGAAUAGUGUUGGAUAACUACAGAUCAGAAGACAGCAAAUUGGAUUAG